AUGGAAUCUGUAAAUGGCGUGCAUCCCGAGGAAUGUGUUGAGAAAUCUGAAAAAGACCUUCAUGCUCAAGAGAAAUCUGAGAAAUUGGAAUUUAAAGAUACAGAAAGUGUGUCACAUCCGAUAAAUAGUAUCCCAGAUAAUGUCAAUGACAGCAAAUUAACAUCUGGCGUAGGCUCCUCCACAGAGGAAAUUAAACAUGAUAACAUUUCUGAUAAUCAAAUAUUAGUUGAAGAGGAUGAAGACAGCGGAGAUGAUGUUUUUACUAAACCUGAUGUUAAAAAAAGGUUUUCCAUUGAUUACAAAAAAGCAGCACGACUAGACUUUAAGCGUUUUUCUGUAGAUUGUUCCCGAAACGCGGCUACUUUAGCAGAGUUGGCUAAUCUCGAGCAGGAGUUGGCGCGGACAAAUGUCGACGUGAGACCUACUAGACGCAAGUCUACGGGGAUUUUAAAAUCCACUGCAAGCAGUUCCGAAUUCGGUGAUCAUCGAUCGAUUCAAAAAGAUGAUUCGGACUGUGAUGAUGAUGUAUUUGAGAGGGAUGUGUCGUUAACAACGGAUACCGAGGGGCCCAAAGAGCCACCGGCGACUCCCGUUGGUCGCGAUGAAUUAGCCUUAAGAAGACACCGGUUCUUUUCUGACCUGGUCUGUGCUGCCCGAGCUGCUGUGGAACACCGCGUGAGAUUUGAUCCAUUAGGGCCAGUGGUAGCCGAUUCAGCCAUAGCGCUUCUAGAGAUCGAGACGCGUUUGCCUCAACACACGGUCGUUUUGAGUCAUAGCAUCCGUCGACGGACGUUCUCGUUGCCAGCCAGUGGAAGCCGGCGCAAGCGCACGAUUAUACACUUAUGUGCUCGUUUUAUCAGUGCAUGA